CAAUUUAAGUGAAUCGAUUAUUACGUUUCAAUGUUUUAAUAAAUUUAUUCGUUUCUUGAAACAUCUGUAACUUCAUUUUUUAGAAUAAAUUUUGAUCGGAGUUUUUCAGUGCAAAAUUUUUUAGAUCUUUGUUUUACUGCAAUUCUUCGCCAUGAAGAUUAACAAGGAUUCCUGGCUGAUGAAGCUUCAUUUCUUCUUCUACUUUGGAGGUAUGGCACCCGUUGUACCUUUCGGGCUGGUGAUAAGUCUUCAGUUGGGCGCCUCUGUCUCCCUGAUGGGGACGGUGGGUGCUGUAAUCCUAAUGAUAUCAGUAGUAGUGAAGCCCUUCUUCUCCACCUUGGCCGACGCUUUCCCUUUAACCCGCCGACCUCUCUUCGUCGGGAUGGUGCUGCUCUGCUGCCUCUCCCUCAGUGGCGUCGCAUUCAUCCCCCAGUUCACGAAGGCUCCUUGCUACGCCGACGCGUGGAUCGUGCAACGAGACAUGUUCAACUCGUCGUCGUUCAGCUUUAAAUCUGGGAAUGUGGCAACUGAAGUAUCACUGCCUCAAGGGUUAGAGUUAGCACAAAGUGAUCUCUUGCCAAACUAUAUUGUGAACCAGACUUUCUCAAAGCCUGGAUGUGGCGAGAAUAGUGUCACAGAACACUUGGGAUCAUCGAACAAAACUUCAUUACCAUGGGAAGAUCUCUUUAUCGUCUUACCAAAUAACGGUUCCUGUGAGCUGGAGGCAGGUCGCGACUGCCAGUUUACUUGGACGUCGGCGCUGCUUCAACUGACGCUCGUCAACUCGUCUUCCGACUUCUCCACCUACGCCGUCGCCGCCCCUGGCGAUGCCAGCGUCCAAUGUGAGCCGUCGGGCUAUGCAGGCAGCCUGAAGUGCGUUGGAGGGCAGUGGGCUACGACAGAGUGCGGCGGUAAUCCUCUUCGUUCAAGAGCGUUCUGGUUCCUGGUGGUGCUCAAUGUCGUGUCCGAAAUAUCUUACUCGACGUCCAACUCCUUCACCGACGCUAUUUCGAUGGACAAGCUUGGUAAGGACGGUGACUAUGGAAGUCAACGGCUGUGGGGGGUGUUGGGUUGGGGACUUCUAGGUCCACUUGCCAGUUUUCUCGUGGACUGGCACUCGGGGGAAGCACAAACUAAAGAUUACACACCAGCAUUCAUCCUGGUUGCCGUUUUCCUGGGACUUGACGUCAUCGUCGCUAGUCGUCUCAAAGUGCCAGUCCUGAAGGUGGAGGAGGACACAGUGUGGAAAGCCGUCAAGCCCCUCCUGAAGCAGUUUCAUUUUUUCGUCUACCUCUUAUCUUCACUCAUGAGUGGCGUACUAAAUGCAGUGCCCAAUAUCUACUUAUUCGCUUUACAGGAAGAAGUUGCGGCAGGAACUCCUGCCAUGAAGUGGGUAAAGCUCAUACAAGGGCUGACGUUAUUCGUAAGAAGCGCAUCUGAGCUCCCCUGCCUACACUACGCCGAUAUGCUGGUUAAGAAAUUUGGAUCCGAGAGAAUAGAAUCCUUGAUAUUCGUUCUCCACGUCCUUCGGUUGGGCCUAAUAUCUGUAACGAGUAAGUGGGCCCCCCUAUGGACCACGAUCCUGGUGGAAAUCCUGUGCGGCCCGGUGUACGGCUUGGGUUACACGUUGGUCGUCAUCAACGCGAAACGCCACUCCCCCGUAGGGCUGUCCACCACCGUCCAGAGUCUCGGUAACAUCUGCUACGAUGUACUAGGAUACGCUUUGGCAUCAGCAAUCUCAGGCGUGAUGAUAGACGCAUACGGCAACAUCUCCACCUUCGUGGGGUGGGCGGUGGUGGGUGCGGUGGCCUGGCUGCUACAUCUUGUCUACACGUGCAUGGCUCCGCCACCCGCGGUUCAACAGCAAAGAGGCAGCUCAGGCGAUGUUUGCGAAGAAACAACUUCAUAGACUCGAAGCAUCAGGCUGUCCAACUUCCUUACUAAAAAUUUUAUGCAUUUAUGAUGGAUUUCUUAAGAUUUUCUAUUCAUUGUGGAGCACGGAUCAAUUAAAAAAUUAUGUUUC